GUUCGAAUUCGAAUCAACUGUUUCAAUAAAGCGUCAAUGGUCCAUUUUAAUAUUUACGUGUACAUGACGAUAUAUUAGACAAAAAUUCAAAUGGGUUCGAAAAAUAGUGUGCUUAAAAGAAAUAAAAAAACCUCCGAACAAAAUGGGGAAAACACUAUUAAAAAUGUAUUUUUAAAAAGGAACCCUGUUCGUACAGAAAAGGUUCAUGAAGAUCCUUUGGUACCAAAUUGUGGGGAGAACGAACAAGCCCACGAGAGCGUUAGCCGGUGUGGGAAAACUCCGCCAGAAGUACAUGACAAUUGUAUAAACUCUGAAAUCCUUUCAAAAGAUAAAGUGUCCGAUGCCGACCUUACGAUUUGUAGAAAUUCAAUCUCCGAAUCUAGAUUUAGAGAUGAAAUAAUAAAUGAUCUAAAAACGCCAGCAGAAAAACCUGAGCGUUCCAAAAGUUGUUCUCAGAUCAUUGCUACGGAUACAACCAACGAUCAAAAUGUUAAAACUUUAGAGCCUUCCUCUAGAAGUAGUAUUCAAAUAGUUUUGGCGAACAACAGGGACACCUCAGAAAGCCAAUAUGGCACUGAGGAAGAACCCCAACCGACCGGUAGUGAGACUGAUAUGUCUGAGGUGGAUGUCGAUCCGUCCAACCCGUUCGAUCUUGACGACGAAUUAUAUUUUUUAAUUGGUGGAAAUUUCAACGAUUGUAAUCAUCCCAUACCAAAAUGUCUCACUCCACGUCUUGGCGAAAAAAUAUUAAAUGACGUUGGAAAAAACCAACCUCUCAUUUCUGUUGACGUUGACUUUGCUAAGAAAGGUUUUGUGGAAAGCACUUUUGGAAAGAGGAAGAAUAAAAUGAUAGAACAGUUUAUGUUAGACACAGCUUGUUCGAUGAGUCGAACUUCGGACAUGGUAGGACCUAGAAGUCUAAACGUAGCCAUCGUCAAAGGAAUGAUUUACAAACGGGAACUAUAUGGUCCCCCUGUCGACCAGCCUGGUCGAGCUGGGCCGAGCAGGCCGCCGGUUCCCAUCGGUACGGAAGAAUAUGUGAUAACGAAACGAUUCAAUUACUGUAAAGAUGAUGCUCAAACGGCUGACAAGAAAGCGUUUGGAUGCACAUGUAUAGAGUCGUGGGGUAAGGAUUCGAUGCUGAAUCCACUAUCAAAUAUCAAUCAGUUGCCCUUAUUUGACCAACCCCUAAGGGAAGAGCAAAAUAGUAAAAGCGUUAUAAAACUGAAGAAAAAAGGUUCAGUCAAAGAUAAAAAAGUCGAACUGUCGAAAAAAAGAAGUAAGAAAACGGGCUCUGUGGCAAAAGGUUCCGCCAAAAAAGACUUUUCAAAAAAAAUCAGUUCAAAAAAGGGCACUUCGAAAAAGAUGUCUAGUUCAGAGAAGGCGAUGUCCCCUUUAUCGCAGAAAGAAACUUUGGGCAAAAUAACAGGUAAAACAUCCAAAAACGUUGCGAAAGGAGUAAAAAAACCGAAAAAGACUAGUCGAACUGAUAUUCUGACUCCAAGCGAAUGUGACGAAGUUGAAAUUCCUUCCACGUCAAAACCAAUUAAUCCGAAAGUCAAACCUACAGUAAAACCUACAGUAAAACCAACAGUAAACCCUACAGUAAAACCUACAGUAAAACAUGACAUUAAAAAUACAAAUGAUCCAUCAAAUAAUGUUAAUUUUAAAUUUAACCAAAACGAUAAUAACUAUAUGUUUGUCAACAUGGAACAAUGCGGUCCUUCAAACAUUCGAGUUGGGGUCUCACGAACUGAUCAAUCUGGCUACGAUAUAAUGUUUAAGGACGACGGGGAUAUGAAAGUUAAAGUUGAAAAAAUUGUUGCCGGUAAGAAUAGGAUAUUCACCUACAAUUCAGGCAAUGAAGCAGUGAUGAAUGACGCAAAAGAAAAACCAAUUGAAGUGAAAACAACUCAAACGUUGCCAACUCAAGAAUACAAAAACACAUCGCCACUUGCGGAUUCACAAAACCAAGCGAAAAAAUUAAUUAAAAUUAAUGUAAAAGUUCCCAAGAAUCUAGAUAAGCAAAAGAAAUUUAUGAAGGACACGAAUGACACGAAGGAUACGAAGGACAAGCCUACAUUUAAUGGCGAAGCGAAAUCCAACUCUUUUGUACCGAUCCCUAUCAGAGAACCUCAAGUCUAUCCUAGGUCUUCAGACGCUCACCACGAACCUCAUUCUUUGCAUCCUAGCUCGUUAGACGCUAGCCACGAAACUCAUUUUGUGCAUCCUAGCGCUCCAGCGACUCAUCACGACUCUUCUUUUAUCCAUCCUAGCACUCCAGGCACUCACAAUGAUAAAGAAGAUGUUGCAAAUAAACGAGAUAGAAAGAAGGAAACAAACAAAAGCCUUGACGAGUACGUAAAACCACGCAAAAUAAGUCCCUCUUUGGUUCAUGAAAGCCUUCAACCCAUCUUUGAAAAGAUGUACCCCAAAGAUUCACAUAAAGAUCCCAAUUAUAUUGCUGAUGUUCAAACGGAUAAAUGCACCGCUGAAGGGCACAAGAUAGAAUGUUUGACAUCAAUUCCUAACUUUAAAGUAGUUUUUGAAGUUCCAGAUGCACAUGGGAAAAAAAUUGAACCUCACACUACAAAGUCGAAAAUUGCUAUUUCGCAGUGCGACAUCCACGUUGACGUCGGUCUCGAUCGAAUGGGUCCAAAAUAUUUAGAACAAAUCAGUAAUAAAGCAGGUCUUUACGAUUCCAUAGUAUCCAACGAAAAUAUGAUUCCUAAAGCAGAUCCCCACAAUGCUGCACGCAAGAUGGAACAUGCAGAAGAUGGACGCAACAAAAUACACCCAAUAGUUCCCCACUAUAUGCAAUCAAUGGCUUCACUUCAUUCCGUUGAAUCGGGAGUAACUAAUACCGAUUUGUCAGACAAAAAGAACCAACACAAUGAGCAGAAUAAAUUUAAAUCAAAGCUUUACGAUGCCAACAAAUUGUUAGAAAUUAAAGAAUGUCUGUCUAAGAUGAGAUUAGAAUUAAGAAACGAGUGUCCUUGCUUGUCAAGCCGUUAUCAGGACAAAGUAGAAAACAAAGAUAAAAACGCAAGAACGGAUCGAGUGAUUGUCAUUCGCACAAAAAGAAAGGAGGGUGGUGAGGAAUGCAGUGACGAGUCCGAUAGCGAGGGAGAGAAGGAAAAAGAGGAAGCACUUGAAAGGUUGGCCAAAGAAAUCUUGGAAGAAAAAAUAAACAUAGAUAAAAUAAAGGACAUCAACAGUGGCAAAGAAAGAAACAACGAAGAAGGAGAAACUAAUCAUGAAAAUCGGGAUUCGAAAAAAGACAGUGUUCAAAAAAAAAAAUACGACGCAUCCGAUGCAAAAGGAGAAAAUAAACAUAAAUUAGAGAAAGAAACCAAGAAGUCUAAAAACAUAAAUGACGACAAAGCAAAAAGAAAAUCUGGGCGGCAGACGGAUGAUGAAUCAUUAAACCACCCAGAGUUGAGUGAACAUCAAAUGAAAAAUUCGAAAGACGAAGAAACCUAUCUCGAAACUAGAGGCAGGAGGAAGAAGGGACACAGCGAUGAAAAGGGGCGUUCGAUAUGGAACCAUCCCGAGAGUAGUGUAACAGAAGAGGAGGCCUUAUUGACGAAAUCAAUAUUGAAAGGGUCUAUGAGUAAGAAAGGGUCGGAGAAAAAUAUUUUAAUGGACGAUAGUCAUGUUCUUUUCAAGAAUGCAAGUGGGGAUUUAUCUGAUGUUAUCGAGAAACCACAAAUACUUCGACAUCCCACUGGUAUUUUUUUUCAAGGACAGAACCUUUUGGCGGGAUCGAUGUUUGAUGACGACCAUCCUUCCUCAACGGACGAAAUGACAGAGUCUAACGCGAAGGAAGCUAGAAAGGAAGGAUUAGAAAAGAACUUAAAACCGUUUUCAAGUCGUGAUAACGAUCGAACAAAUAACGAAGAAUUGAGCGAGCAUCUCUCAAUCGCAAGUUCAUUCGUUAGCCAGCAGGUGCAAAAUGAAGCGAUACAGAAAACCGCCUAUGGGAUUCACCCAAGAGAAAGCAAUAGCGGUUCGGUAUUGAAUCAUCGUCCUAAUGAUACCGUAACCAGACAGACGGACAUAACGACAGAAUCCACCAAUAAACGAUUUGAUAAAAAGAUGCCAAAGAUGGAAGGCCACGUUGAAUUCAAUAAAGGAAAUAUUGAAGAAUAUGAAUCCGAGGAGAAAAUAUCAUUUCGGAAUAGAAGGCCAACUGGGAUUUAUUUUCAGGGAAAUAACGUUUUAAAGGCAAUGAGCCGUGAACACGACACACCUUCACAAUCGGACGAUGUGGAAUAUAGCGAAAAUGAUACGUGCGAACUCUCCGAUUCCAGUGCGAAAAAUAAAAAAUUCGCUAGAAAUGAUCAGAGUUUUAAACCAAUUUCAGUUCGUGAUAAAAACGACUACAUUGACGACGACUCGAGUUCCUGUCCCUCAGACGGUAGUUCUGUCCAAAAGGGCGUCCAGCAUGUACAAAAUGAAAAGAUUAACAAAAAACCAUAUGGGAUAAGACCGAGCAAAAAUACCAAUAAUGACAAAAGCCGUUCGGCAAUGAAUCAUUCCAAGGAUACCGUAACAGUGAAGAAGGAAUUGAUGACGGAAAAUAUAACAGGUAAGAAAGCAUUGAAUAAAAAAAAGCCAAAUGACGAUAGGCCCGUUGCAGGCGACGCCGUAUACAACUCCGUCGAGCAAAAACACUCAAUCCGUAAUGGACAAUCAAUUGGUAGAAAGCACCAGGGAACUACCGCUUAUGACUACUCAUCUUCGCAAACAGCCGAUGUGAACGAAUCAACUAGAAAUGACGGAUUACACAAGAUUGGUAAAAAGAAUUAUUACUUGUCAAAAUUAGAAGAAUCGAGUGAUGGCCUCUCGGACCCAAGCACAAUCGGAAAGCGCAGUCAGCCAGUACGAAAUGAAGCUAUUCAAAAAACAUCCUACAGGUUACGUCCAAUUAACAAAAACAUUGAGAACAAAGGCCGUUUAACAAUGAAUCAUCCCGACAGUACUGUAAAAGAGCAUGACACUCCCAUGAUGAAAAAUAUGACAAAAUCGGCAGUCGAUAAGAAGGAGGCGCUGGAUAAAAUGAAAUCGGGUGCAGGUGCAAGUAGUGGACCACCAGAUGGAACUCAUGAAUCAUCUAAUCACCAAAAACAAGAAGUGGAACAAAUAAAUGCCCAGGGGGUGCACCGAUCGUCUGAUCGGUCAUAUAAAAUCAGAAAACAAGUUCCACAUGAGGAGUCUAGUCGACUGAAUUCAAGAACAACAAAAACCAAUUCCGAUAUAACAGGUACAAAAACAGCGCUUCAUUCUUCCGGUAUUUCAAAAAGAAAUGCGGAAGCAAACGAAUCAAAUGGCACUCGUGCCCAAGUCAAAUCUGAUAACCGCGGAUUUAAAAACAAUUCGGAAGAUCCCAUUCAUUCCUCUAGCAGGCCGAAGGGAAAGGCAGAGGUCAUUUCGAGUGAGCAUCUUGAUCGGGUAAAACCUGAUACGUUUAACUCAUUGGAUUCAAAAACAAAUAGUGCCAACCUACCCACAGUCUGCCGGUUAAAACCAAAUUUAAAAGAGGCAUUUCUUUAUGCUAGUGUGUCAGAAGGUAUAUUAGAAUCCACGCAGGUAAAGUCCGAUGCGUUGGACCCUUCGGAUUCUAAAAUUAUUACUAAAAAACAACCCACCUCCAGCCGGUUAAAAGCAAAUGCAACAGAAGUACUUCAUUCGUCGGGUGUGCCAAAAGAAAAAGACGAAGCAUAUGAAUCAACAGACAGCCUUGCUCGUGUAAAAUCUGACGCGUUGAACCCUUCGGAUUCCAAAAUUAGUACUAAAAAACGUUCCACUGCCUGUCGGUUAAAAGCAAAUGCAAAAGAUGCGCUUCGUACUACGUCCAGGCCAAAGGGUAAAGAAGAAUCAUUAAGGAAUAGUCAAAAAGAAAAGGCAGAUGCGAAUCUAUCAAGUAGCACUCUUCAUUAUACAGACUCUGACGCGGUAAACCUGAAUCGGUUGGAACAAAUCAAAGAAGAAUCUCUUCAUUCUUAUGGUAGGCCAAACAGAAAAGCAGAUGCGAAUCUAUCAAGCAGCAGUCUUGAUUAUUCAAGCUCUGAUGCCGUAAAUCUGUUGAAUUUAAAAACUGGAAAUACAAAGGAUCGCCGGCUAAAAAAAGCUCAAACAGAUGAAAACAAACGAAAAGUUUUGACAACAAAGCACAGAAAAAGCAGUUCGGAAAAGUAUAGUGAUUCUGGGGUUCCCGUCGGAAAAGUUUGGGCCGAUCAUAGAUUAGAAAAAACGAUUCUUACUGAAAGAUUAAACAAUAUCAUAAACUCAUUGUGCAUUAAAUGCCCCCCUCCUGGCGUCGCGGUGAGAUGCUGCUGUAGCACCGCCCGCCAUCCGAGGCUUAUACACUGCCCGCCUCGCUUUAGAAAAUCUCCAAGCCCUCGGAAAUGAAAUAGUCACCGGCGAACAAUUUUAACACAUGUGCAAAUACAUUUUUAGACUUUUGUAUUUUAUU